UUCAAAAACAAGAGAAGCAAAAAAAGAAGAGAAAAUUGAGAAAGCUUCAAUGGCGGAAAAACAUGAAAAUCUCAGCUCAACCUCGGAACAACAUUCGUCUUCUUCUGCCUCUGCUUAUCAAAAAUCUCCAGAAGAUGCCCUCAAGAAACAACCCCAGCUCCCAUCAUUUCAGGGUUCACCGAUGGUGAAUUAUCAGAUGCUCCAAGCCAUGUAUCCUACACUACUUCCUGGAGCUCUCGGUAUGCAGCCAAUCCAGGAGGAGUUGAACCAUGGACCAGGCCUUUAUGCUGUACCUGUUGCCCCUUUUAUGGGACAAUAUGCAGGGUUUCCACCAAACACUCUAAUUCCAUUUACUUACGCUGUACCUACUGGACCUAGUAUUCCAGAAAAUGGAGCUGUAGGUGAGGAGCAAGGUCAGAUGGGACAGCAGCAGCCUCAGCAGCAACAGCUUGGACCCCAACGACAAAUAGUUGUCAGAAGAUUUCAAAUUGCAUUUCAGCUAGAUCUCUUGCUUAUUUUGAAGCUGGCUGCAGUAAUUUUUUUGUUCAAUCAAGAUGGAUCAAGACAGAGGCUUGUUCUGCUUGUGUUUUUAGCUUCACUUGUGUACCUAUAUCAAACUGGAGCUCUUGCACCUUUGGUACGGUGGCUUUCACAAGGAAUGCAGAGGGCUGCUGCACCUCCUCAACCACCUAGGCCAGCUGUCAGGGCAGAUAAUGUACCAGGUGCUGGAAGGCAAGGAAAUGACAAUGUUGCAGCUGGAGAGGGACAACCUGGAGGCGAGAAUGAAAAUCUACUAGGUAACGACGUAAAUAGGGUAGGUGAGAAUGAGCAGGCAGUGGAACCCAGAGCUGCUGACGGUGGCAACCGCUGGUGGGGUAUUGCAAAGGAGAUCCAAAUGAUUGUCUUUGGCUUCAUAACUUCCCUUCUUCCAGGUUUUCACAACAUUGACUAGAUUGUACAGAUCAAGUAGCAGUUGCAGAUAGCAAAGAGGGAUGAAGAGAACUUUCCCUGUUUUCAAAAUUUACAAUAGCCAAUAUUCUGUUGCUACCAUGUGUUUUGAGAGGACAUCAAAUGUAUAACUUAAAGAUUGUUUUCUCUUCUAUUUUGUCAUAACAUAGAUCUAAAUGAUGUUGUUGUUCUUAAUAUGAUUGGCGAGGUUGUGUUUAAUUAGUGAAAAUAGUUGUUUAAUCCUCUA